GUGCAAGAUAAUGAAACUUAUUCCAGACAUAGCUGCUCAGCUAACUGAUGAAGAAUUAAAAAUAAUCAGCAGGAGUACCUGUGUGGAAACUUGGGUGAAAGGCACAACAGUAAUUGGAAAUCGAGACUUUUAUGUGAUACUGAAGGGCUCUGUUCGAUAUCAAUUAAGAUCAUCCAAGAUAGUGUUUGGAGACUGGAGACCAGCUUCUUUAUCUGAAAGUCAGAAAAGCCAGGAUUCAUCCUCAGAAUAUGACUCACUUUCAGAUUACACAAAUGUAAAUCUGAAAUCAAUCCCAUCCGUCUAUACCACACUUGGUGUUGGGAGUUCCUUUGGGACACUGGAGGAGAUGUCUGGCCGUAGGCAAAAAGCUGUAUUUGCAAUUAUAACUGAAGAUGAUUGUGAAAUUCUUAAAAUUUGCUCAAGAGAAUAUUCAAGAAUCAAAGAGGAAAAAGCAAGAUGUGAAAAAGCUUCCAGGGAGCAAUUAAUCCAAAAAUGCCCUUAUUAUUAUAAUUGGCCUAAGUUAUCUUUGUUUGAGUUAACGUCACUCAUUAAAUGGCAGCAAUUUCCACCAGGAUAUGUGCUGGUGAAAGCUGGAGACAUAAUUUCAUUUGUGGGAUUCAUUCAUUCUGGAUACUGCAAGGUUUUCAGAGAAAUUGUAGGCCUUGUGAAACACCCUCCUAGGAAAAUGGGAAAGAAGACCAGACGAGUGUUCUUGGGUAAACUUCAUGAAAAGGAGUCCUUUGGUGAGAUAAGUGUUCUUCUGCAAGUCCCUUUCACAUGUACCAUCAUCACAGGAACUGAAGUUGAAUUGGGGAUUAUUGAUGCUCAGAAGAUAUUAGAUUUAGAUUGGGUGACACAGAAACUUAUGCUUCAAACUGCUAAGGCGACUUUUGGCCAACUCACCCAGGAUGAGAUCAACUGUGAAUACAUAACCAAAGAAAAACAGAGGGAAUGGAAGAGUUUCAAGGACAUGGUAAUAAAAAAAACAUUAUUUUACAAUGGAAUCGUUCCCGGAUUUGGAAAAUGGACCCAUCUCUGGUCUUGCAAGCCACAAAGAGAAGGAAACUCACCAACAAAUAAACCACUAACGGACAGUAAUUAAAGUGAUUCCAAUGAGGAAAGACCUUGGGACUUGAAUGCAGGCCCAGAGUCAUUUUAUUUCUUUCCUUUCUGGUUUUCUCAAACUCCUUGCCCAAAUUAACACCCAACCCCAACCCAGUUCUUCCUGUAAACCAGUGUCCAGCUGUGAAUUAUUUUCACUUGGCAACCUCUCCAUCUCUUCUCCCUCCUGUUUCCUGAACUUUGGCCCUUUGGGGCUUCAGUAAUGGAGAGAAUAAAAACAAAUGCCAGCUAAUUACAUUUUUUUCAAACAAUUAGAAUCCCUGAAGACAAUAUUAACACAGUUUUA